AUGGACACAGACACCCAAUCCGCAUUCGCGGAGCCCAUCAAUACCUCGACAAGCACCCCCCAGCCCGCGCCCCAGCUGGCGCUGCUCGACUUCUUCUUCCCAGGCUUCAGCGUCUUUACGACGGCCUUCCAAAGGUAUCUAGGCAUCGACCUCAACGUCUACAUCCCCCUCGUCAUCCUCUGCGGCGGCGCCACCUUUGCCUGGCGCUACUUCAGCGACUACAUCUGGGAAAAGGUCGAGAAGCACCUCAUGUCUACCGUCGAGGUCCGCACAGAUGACGAGAUUUACAACAUUCUCAUGUCCUGGGUCGCCGCUCAACGCUUCGCCAAGAACUCGCGUCGUUUUGUUGUCAACACCAACCUGAGCUCGCGCUCUUGGUUCCUCUGGCGUUGGGACGACGAGGAGGAAGAGAGCGACGACACGUCCCCUGUCGAUGGAUCCCCUUCGGAGUUCGGCCCGAAGAAGAAGCCUCUCGCAUACACACCCAGCUUCGGCAGCCACUCCUUCUGGUACCGCGGCCAUCUGCUGCUCUUCAAGAGGAGUCAGAAUCGCGAGCAGGCCUCGUACCUGGUUGUUAGCGAGCGGGAAGAGAUCAGUCUUUCGUGCUUCGGCCGCAACCCUUGGAUCCUCAAGGAGCUCCUUCAGGAGGCCCGCGCUGAGUAUCAGAAGAAAGACUCCCAGAAGACCAUGAUCUACCGCGGCAGCACACGCGCGGGCUCCACCGAGCCCACAUGGCAGCGCUGCAUGGCGCGAACGUCUCGACCGUUCUCGACCGUCAUUCUCAACGAGAAGACGAAGAAGGAGCUCGUCGACGAUGUCGCCGACUACCUUUCCCCCGCGACCCGUAAGUGGUAUUCGAACCGCGGCAUCCCCUGGAGACGCGGUUACCUCCUUACAGGACCCCCCGGAACGGGCAAGUCCUCGCUAUCGCUUGCUCUGGCCGGCUUCUUCAAGAUGAGGAUUUACAUCGUGAGCCUGAGUUCCAUCUCAGCCAACGAGGAGAACCUCGCCACCCUUUUCGCUGAGCUUCCUCGGCGGUGUGUGGUCCUCCUCGAGGACAUCGACACCGCAGGUCUCACUCACACAAGAGAGGACAACGGAACUACCGACACCACCGAACUUAAAGAAGGAAGCGGUGAGAUGGUUCCCGGCCAGCUGACUCCCGGGGUCCCUACCAAUCAGCCUAGCGGCAGGCUUUCCCUCUCCGGCCUGCUCAACAUCCUUGACGGCGUGGCUAGCCAGGAAGGUCGUGUUCUCAUCAUGACGACAAACCACAUCGAGAAGCUCGACAAGGCCCUCAUACGUCCCGGUCGUGUGGACCAGAUCGUCAAGUUUACCCUGGCCGAUGACGAAAUCAUUGGUGCAAUCUUCCGCGCCAUCUACGCCCCCCUCGAAGGCGACGAGAACGACGUUCCCAGACAGCAGCCGGGCAUGGCCUUGGCCCUCGAGGCCGAAAAGGACCUUGCCGGGCAGGUAGCCAAGCGCACCGCCGAUAUCGUGGCCAACGUCGAGGCUCUCUCUGAGGUGUUCGUCGACAAGAUCCCGGCACACGAGUUCAGCCCUGCCGAAAUCCAGGGGUAUCUGAUGAAGCAUAAACGCAGUGCCGAGGCGGCAGUCGCCGAGGCAGAAGGAUGGGUCGCAGAGAUGCGCAAGGAGAAGAGGGAAAAAGAACUCAAGGUUGCCGAGGAGAAGCGGCAGGCCGAAACUAAGAAGAAGAAGGAGGCUGAAGAGAAGAAACGGAAGGAGGAGGCAGAGGAAAAGAAGAGGGAGGAGAGGAAGAACAAGCGCAAGGGCGAGAAGAAGAGCAGAAGCAACAAGGAGAGGUCGGAGUCUUCGGCUUCUUCUGGAUCCGACUCCAGCACCGGGCCCGAAUCGGUAGCCCCCGCCAAGGUAACGACGACGGCGGCGGUCUCGGAGGUCAAGGCCGAUGACGACGGAGCCAAUAACACCAGCCGAAAGAGAGACUCGGGGUACGGAACUCCAGUAGAGGUUUGA